AUGGGCCCUGGUGGCCAAGAAGACCAAGAGGACCUUGGGGACGUUGGGCAGAGCAUCCCCAGCAGGUUUAGGGAGGGGAUCAUGGCCCAGUCCCUGGACAAGAGGGAUGUGGAGCUACUGGAACGAGUCCCGGUGGAACCAGCCACCACCGCGAUCCGUCCCCCGGGAGAGACGUCUGUCUGCGUCCCGUGCGCGGCCGCAGUGUCCUCCUCCGGUUCCUCCGCGCCCGGCGCGAUGUUGCUGCGUCUCCUCCCGCUCCUCCUCGUCACUUGGAGGCUUCUCGGGGCCUCAACACCUCUCACCACGGAGCUGCACACCCUCCGCCUCUUCCUCACCUUGGCCUUCCAAAAUCCCACCACGGUGGAUGUGGGCACCUCAGGGGAGCUGGAUGGCCUCACCUUGGGCACCCUGCAUGACACAACGUUGGACAUCAUCUACCGGCGCCCCUGGGUCUUCCCGGCCUUGUCAGAGGCCGAGUGGCAGCAGCUGGAGAACCUCUUCAAGAUCUACGUGCGCAACCUCAUCCUGCUGCUCAAGGAGGACGCCGUGCAGCACGGGGAGCCCUACCCCUUUGUGUACCAGAGCAUGGUGGGCUGCGAACUCUAUCCCAACGGCUCCUCCACCAAGUUCUACCACAUGGGCUACAAUGAGCAGGACUUGAUUAGCUUCGAUGUGGACAAGGCCCUCUGGGUGCAGCAGAGCGGGGACGCGGUGGCCGCGCGCAUAGAGGCAGCACUCAACAGCGUCAUAGGGCUCUCGGUCACGUUGCGUGAGUUCCUCAGUGUCACCUGCAUUGAGUACACGAGGCGUUUGCUCCAGCACGGACAGAAGGAGCUACAGAGACAAGUGCCACCAGUGGCCGUGGUCUUCGCCCGUCAGACGCCCGACCCAUCGCGGCUGCUUCUCAUGUGCCGCGUCACCGGCUUCUACCCCAGCGCCGUGCGCGUGUCCUGGUUGCGGGAUGGGAACGAGGUGCCGCUGGACCCCGAGCUGGGGUCCACGCCGCUGCUGCCCAACGCCGACCUCACCUACCAGUUGCGCCGCGUCGUGGCCAUGGCGCCCGGCGAUGGGCACAGAUACAUCUGCCGCGUGCAGCACAUCAGCCUGGGCGGCCGCGACCUCAUGGUGCCCUGGGAUCCGAAUGGAGCCAAAACCGGCCACGUCACCUGGAUUGUCAUCCUCGUCAUCCUCAUGGUGGCCGCGGCCAUCGCUGGGUCUGACGCAGCGCAGACGGCCCUGGGCACACGGGCGCUGUCACCGCCACUCGCUUGCGCCCAUCUUGUCCUUGCCGCCCGUGCCAUGCUGGCCUCGCUCCUCUUCAUCCUCCUCCUACCCUCCGGCGACCUGGAAGCAGCCUUCCCGCCUCUGUCCGGUCCGUCCGUGCUGCAGCUCUUUCAGACCACCACAUUCCACAACACUGUCUACGUGGCCACCGAGGGAAUGGGGUUCCUGGAUGACAUCCCGCUGGGCACCUUGGACAGCCACACCUGGAACAUCCGCUUCCUGAAGCCCUGGGUGCGCCCCGCGCUGCCCCGCAGCGACUGGGACACCAUCAGAGACAUGAUCAAGAUCUACCUGAGCAAGUUCCACCACCUCAUCCAAGAAGGCGCCGUGUUGAAGCAGGUGCCCUUUCCCUUCGUGGCCCAGUGCACCGCCGGCUGCGAGCUCUUCCCCAACAACACCGGCAAGCCCUUCGUCUACGUGGCCUACAACGGCGAUGACUUCCUCACCUAUGACAUGGACAACGGGACUUGGUUGCUGCUGCAGGACACAGAGCUGGCCAAGUAUGUGAGGGAGAGGCUGGAGAACUACACGGCCUUCACGGAGCUCAUCCAGGUGCUCUUCAACAACACGUGCAUCGAUGACAUGGAGAUGAUCCUGCGCGCCGCCAAGGAGGAUCUGGAGAGGAAAGUGCGACCAGUGGCCGUGGUCUUUGCCCGUCAGACGCCCGACCCAUCGCGGCUGCUUCUCGUGUGCCGCAUCACCGGCUUCUACCCCAGCGCUGUGCACGUGUCCUGGUUGCGGGAUGGGCACGAGGUGCCCCCGGAUCCCACGCUGGGGUCCACGCCGCUGCUGCCCAACGCUGACCUCACCUACCACUUGCGCCGCGUCGUGGCCAUGGCGCCCGGCGAUGGGCACAGCUACGUCUGCCGCGUGCGGCACAGCAGCCUGGGUGGCCGUUCCUUGUGUUUUCCAGGGAAUUCCGGCAUCGUGCUCAUUGUGGGACUCUCAGUGGCAGUAGCGGUGCUUGUGGCCGUGGCCAUCAUGGUGGCACUUUGGAUGUGGAGACGCAGGCAGUACCGGGAGAUGGUCGAGUCAGAACCACGGAGCUCCGUUCUGAGCAGUGGAGAGGACACAGUCCCUGCUCCCAGUGCCCAACAGUGA